UAUUCAGUACAGAUUUCUUUCAUCAUUUACAUUAUUGUUUCUUAUUUAUUGAAGGUCAUACAAAAACAAAGGUGUGGCAAGAUACUACAAUACAUUCAACCCGUCAAGCUCACCGAGAAGGAUUGUCUACAGGAUUGAAGGGGCCUUCUGGAAAAGGGAAGCGGUUGAUAAUAGUGCACAUUGGAAAUGAAGCUGGAUUUUUGGAAGGGGGUCAGCUAAUUUUCGAGAGUCAGAAAGGGGAAGGCGAUUACCAUAAAGAAAUGAACGCUAAAGUGUUUGAAGAUUGGUUCAAAAAAAUUAUAAAUUUAAUUGAGCCUCACUCUGUUAUAGUGAUGGACAAUGCUCCCUAUCAUUCUCGUCGACUGGAACUAAUACCAAAUAUGCAGUGGAAAAAAGUUGAUAUUCAGAAUUGGCUCACAAGCAAAGGUAUCUCGUUCCAGGAGACAUUAAUAAAAAGGGAGCUUAUAGACAUAUUAAAACCAAUAAAAGAAAAAUACUUGGCAUAUGCCACUGAUACAUAUGCUAAAGAAAAGGAUAUUGAAGUGUUACGUUUGCCCCCAUAUCACUGUGAAUUAAACCCAAUUGAGAUGAUAUGGGGGCAAGUCAAAGGCUAUGUUGCAGGGAAAAAUAAAACAUUUAAAAUGGAUGAAUUAAAAAGAUUAUUACUGGAAUCAAUGGAUCUAAUAACCCCUGCAGCAUGGCAAAAGUGUAUUGACCACGUUAUACAAGAAGAAAAGAGAAUGAGAGACCUGGAUGGUAUAACAGAUAAUGUUAUUGACGAAUUUAUCAUCCAGGUUGCAGAUAGUAGUGCUAGUAGUUCAUCAGCAUCAGAAAGUGACACUGGAUGA